AUGAAGAACAACAAUUUAUUUUCAUUUUCGACAUGUAUAACGUCAGUGUUUAUGACACUUUUAAUAAUACAAAUACUAUCAAAAGCAGUAGUGGUAGUGGAGGCGUCAGACGGAGAUCAAUUACCAGAAUUUGAAGCGUGUGUUUCAGUCUGUUCACAAACUCAUUGCUCUUCCACCAGCGGUGGUGACAAAACAAAGGCUUUACCGUUAUCACUUAGACUAUUAUCUUGGAAUUGCGAGGAUAAUUGCAAAUAUGAAUGUAUGCAUCAAAUAACAGACAUUGCAUUAGAAACAAACAAUAUAAUUUAUCAAUUUUAUGGAAAAUGGCCUUUCUACAGGCUGCUUGGUAUCCAGGAACCAGCAAGUGUCCUUUUUAGUAUAUUGAAUGGAUUUGUUCAUUUUCAUUAUUUACCACUUUUUAUAAAUAAAAUCACUAAUAAAUAUUACAUGAAGAAAUAUUACAUAGCAUACUCACUAAUAAAUAUGAACAGUUGGUUAUGGUCAACAGUUUAUCACAGCAGAGAUUUAACUUUGACCGAACAACUAGAUUAUUACUUUGCCACUCUAGGAAUCUUCUACUCAACAUACUAUUCGAUUUUAAGAGUAUUCCAAAUCCGUAAUACCAAUUAUACCAUUAUCAUCACUUCAAUAUUCCUAAUUGGUUACCUGUAUCACGUAUUCUAUUUGCACUUUAUAGAUUUUGAUUACGAGUAUAACACGAUAGUUAAUGUUAUUGUUGGAAUGGCGAAUAACUUAUUAUGGAUUUCGUGGUCGUUGAACCAUUGGCACAAGAGACCUGAUGAUGCUUGGAAACCAUUACUUGGUGUUAUUAUGAUAUCGGCGGCCAUGUCUUUGGAAAUAUUUGAUUUUCCGCCUUUUUUUGGAGUGUUUGAUGCACAUUCAUUAUGGCAUGCAAGUACGAUUCCAGUAGCGAUCUUCUGGUACGAGUUCUUAUUGGAAGAUGCAAGGAUUGAAAGUUUCAGAGAAAGUAAAGGAAAAAAGAAGAUUAGUAAAUAA